AAGAAUGUUUUUUGAUUCUGUAGGUACAAGUUGAUAUGCCGGGACACCUGGCCCAGUUACCGUGGAAACGCGACGCAGGCAACGGAGGUCAUUUGCAACCACCACAACCUGGCGGGCGACGUGGCGUACGGGAGGACCAAGGUGUUUAUUCGGAGCCCGCAGACUUUGACCUUUCUGGAGCAGGAGAGAGUGAGGCAGCUGCCUUACGUGGUCACAACCAUCCAGAGAUUCACAAGAGGAUUCUUGGUUAGAAGAAGAAUACAAAAGACGAAAGCUGUCGAAGUGGUGAUUGCCUACUACAGACGAUACAAGAUGAAGAGCUUCGUCCACCGAAUCAUCACUCUCUUCCGGGGUGUGGCUUCGAUGCCGGAUCUCGGAAAGUCGAUACCGUGGCCCGAACCACCUCCCGUUCUCACAAAAUUUGUGACUUACGCUCAGCAAAUCCACGCCAGAUGGAGAGCAAAGGUUAUACUGCUGCGUAUCCCGGUGAGGGACCGGCCCGAGGUUCAGCUGAAGGCCAUUGCCUACGGAGCCCUCAGCCACAGGAGAGAGAAAUGGGGGUACAACCGCAAAUGGUUCGGAAACUACCUCACUCUUCAGAGUGAAAACCCAAAUGUUCGAGAUUUCGAGACAGCUCUGACUCACUUGCGUCACUCUCACAGCUUCGAUAAAGUUCUCUUUGCCUGUCUUGUCACAAAGAUAAACAAGAGGUGCAAGCAACAAGACAGAGCAAUCGUAGUCACCGACACAAACAUCUUCAAACUAGAUCCUCGCAAGCACUUCCAACGAAAGAAGAGUCCACUCAGUCUAGCCACGGUCGAAGGAGUCAGCAUCAGUACGUCUCACGACCAGGCCUUUAUCGUACACUUUCAGGGAGGGAAGGACCUUCUCUUCUACAUGGUCACCGCACAGAACGAGAACAGAGUGGCUGAGCUCGUGGCCGUUCUGUGCCAGAUCUGUCAGAGGAAGUUUGGCAAAAAUCUUCAAGUGACGGUGGCAAGUCCGCUCACAUGUCGACUCGGUGGCAAGCAGAAAGAGCUCCAUUUUCAGGAAGACAGGGUUGCAAAACCUUACCUCCGAAAGCAGAGCAACCAACAAAUGGUCCUAUUCUGGCCCUCAGCUAGUUUCUAACCAGUCAGACAACACCACUGACCCGUUUUACCAGUUUAACACUCAGGUUUAAAUGACAUAACAUGUUAAAUUUCGGCUUUUUUCAUGCAAUUCCAAUGUAUUCAAUGAUGGUGUUAGUGAAACUUAGAUGUAUCAUUCAUUAAUAAUAUUUGCCAGUCUGUGUCUCUAAAUUUUUCAACCAAUUUGUAAAAAUUAUGUGUCUCACUUUUCAAAUUAUUAAUAAUGCCU